UUUGAUCUUUGUUUUAUUGCGGAAUUGCGGAUGGAUAAUAAUUUGAACGCAAUCCAUACAUAGUAACGUGAGAAACAAUAGCCAGAGAGAGCCGCCCAGAGCAGGAUGAAUUCAACGACGACAGUAUUGUCGGCCAAGCCCUCCUUCUCACUGAAACCAAGCCUAAAUCCACUCAUCAACCUCAACUGGUUGUCUUUGGAAAAUAGUCAUUCUUGUCUCCGGUUGGGACCACGCAUGAGUCUUGCCGGCAUCGCAUUCUGUCAAGCACCAUCGGACGUUGCUGCCCAUAUAAUGGUGCAGGAUGAUCUCGACGCUUUCUUGCAGAUUCUUCCAUGUGAUUUGCGUGACAAUCUUCUGAAUGAACCCAGGAGAGGUCAACUUUUAGAGGUUAUAUUGGAUCUGGAUCGUUUUCCAGAAGCACGCUAUCUAGGUGAAUUUGGGGGCUGCUAUCUGAGGAAUACAAAGGUGUCAGUGAAAGAGUUGGAGCAUGCUCAAAAGUCUGUUGGAGCAUUUGGGGGCGAUAAUAGAGCUGGCAUUGAAGGCACCCUGCACAGGAUAUCUGCAAUCAGGAGUAGGAAAGGGGCAAUAGUUGGUUUGACUUGCCGAGUUGGUAGGGCAGUCAGUGGACAAGUUGACAUGGUUUAUGAUCUGCUUCAGUAUGGGAAGAGCAUCUUGUUUGUUGGAAAGCCUGGGGUUGGCAAAACAACGGUUAUGCGAGAGAUUGCCCGCGUCUUGGCAGAUGAAUUUCACAAAAGAGUGGUGAUUGUUGAUACAAGCAAUGAAAUCGGAGGGGAUGGAAACAUUCCACAUUCAGCAAUUGGAGGUGCAAGAAGAAUGCAGGUACCAGAACCAUCCAUGCAACAUAGAGUCAUGAUCGAGGCAGUAGAGAAUCAUAUGCCCGAGGUGAUCAUGGUUGAUGAGAUUGGCACAGAAGCUGAAACUCAUGCUUGUCGCUCAAUUGCCAGGAGAGGUGUCAUGCUUAUUGGUACUGCUCAUGGAGAGCGGCUUGAGAAUAUAAUAAAGAACCCUACUCUCUCUGACCUGGUUGGGGGAGUGGAAACUGUCACUUUGGGAGAUGUUGAAGCCCGUGCUAGAAGUUGUCAGAAAACUGUUCUAGAAAGGCAAGCUCCUCCAACAUUUGAUUUCUUGAUUGAGAUGAGAGACAGGCACUAUUGGGUUACACAGCAGACAGAGAAGAGUGUGGACAUGUUGCUUCGAGGCAAAAACCCUCAGGUUGAGGUCAGGAGGAGGGAUAAAAUGUUCAAGGUUGUCAUAGAAAAAUCAAAGGCCUAUGACAAAUACGACUCUUGAUUUUUGUUUUGGUAGCAUUUUCAUAAAGAUUGGCACUCUUUCGCGAUAAAAGAAAUUAAGAUCGACACCCCAUGCUUUUGCAACAUUGCUGUAAAUAGAUCGUAGGAUUGUAUAGUUGAAGAUCAAUUCCAAAAUUUUUUCCCCUCAUGAGUGUUGUAUAUAUCAUUCCCGAAGUUAGUAAUGGAAUUUGCCGAAUCAAGGGCUUUA